AUGUCUUUACCCAUCUUUAACGAGGCCACGACCUCUUUCAUCGUCCCACUUUGCCUUCUCGCAAUUAAUCUGAUUGAUUAUUUGUACGGAUAUUACGCCACGUUGGCCAAUGUUAAUUGCCUCCUAAGCAUCUAUCUGCUCGGUUCCUACUUUAGCGGUGACAGUUCCUCCCAACCUGCCACUGAUGGCGAUAUCAAAUCUCCCCAGAACUUGGAUCCAAGAAAGCAAGAAAAGCAAAAACAGAAGAAGUAUUUCGCAAAGAUUAUGUUUGCAAUUCUGUUAUGUAUUGGUAUAUCAGUUCCGCUCAGGGCGCUUUCAUGGAUUGCAAGUGACAUUUACUAUGGUGAUGGAUGUUCUGAAAUACUUCAUAACCAGCCGCCCUGCACCUCCUUCUUUGGGCAGAGCGGCCCAGCCGGUUCAAUCACAUAUCGUUACCAGGGAUGGGGUUAUUGCGAUGUGGCAGCAGAGCGAGGUGCCAUCACGAGUGCCGUUAUAAAUCAUAUCAGUGAGCGUGGAUCCAAGCUUUCCAGUACCGAGUGUUUGGACCUUGGUGAGCCUGACACCAACUAUCUUGUUAUCGGCCCAACCGACAGCUUUGACUUUGGAAAGAGAAGCUUGGUGUUUGGGUGA